UUGGCGUCUAUUCUUUUAGCUUGUCUAAAUGAGAUUCGAGCUUUUCAAAGUGUUUUUGUUUGUAUUUGUGCUGGUUGGAAUACAAUCUGGUUGUGGCCUUACGAAUAUCAAAUUUAGUAUUUAUCAAUACCAAAUUCAAUAAAUUAAGAUGGCAGAGAGAUAUCCAGAUCAGUCCGUGGAGGAUGAACCAGUACUAGAGAUGUCAUCCAAAGUUAUUGAGUACACUGUGGAGGAACUCCUCAUUUCAUGUGUUCAGGCAAGACCACCGCUGUGGGACUCAAGGUUGGACCUAAAGGAAAGGAGCAAAACGAUUAGAGACAAUAUGUGGCUAGAGAUUUAUAAGGAGUUUGGGGAAAAUCCAAAUUUUUCUCUAGAUUUUCUCCAAAAAAAGUGGAGAAAUCUAAGAGACACAUAUGUGCGAAUUAAAGGGGAGUAUCUUCCAAGUGGGUCAGGAGCAAAAAGGAAGAGAAAGUGGGAAUAUUUUGAUAAUAUGUCAUUCCUCAAUGACACAUUGAGUUUCCGGCCCACUGUAUCAAAUGUCCCACUACCAAGGGAGUCACCCUCGACUUCAGCUGUUCCAUCACCACUGACAUCUCCCAUUAGUGGUGAUGAGGGGAGACAUAGGCAAAAGGGUAGUCAAAAGGCUAGUCAAAAUGUGGUUGAAGGAGCUAUUUUAAAAGCCCUUGAAAAAAUCAAUGAACCUGUACAGAUAUCCGCCCCAACAAUGCCAGAUAUUAAUCCAAUCUGUCAGAGAAUAUCUGAUAUGUUGGCAUUAAUGCCUCAAAAGGAGAGAACUCUUCUUGAAAUCAAGCUGCUGCAAGUGGCAUAUGAGGGCAGCAAAGAAUACUUGUAAAUUAUAUUUAUUUGUAUAUGUAUUAUUUAUAUUUACAAGAUUCCAAUUUAGUUUAAUUGAAUGUAUAUUAUAUGUUAAUAUUACAAUUAAAUUAAAUUGUAAUCAUAUUUCCUAAUUAAACACAUUGAUUCAGUUUUU